AUGGCGUCCACCAUGCAAAAGUCGACCAUGCUCGUCGCCUUCGUCGUCGCCGCCACCACGGCCAUCUGGACCCCUCUCGUCGCAGCCAACGCUGCGACGAUGUACUACGAUUGCUGCAAGCCAUCCGCUUCGUGGCCUGGAAAAGCGAAUCCGGUUUAUAACCCGGUUGCCGUUUGUUUCGCCGAUGGCAAGACGGUUGUGACCGGUCCUCAGCUCAACGAUGCUAAGUCGUCGGGCUGUGGCGGAGGAAACCAGUUCCAGUGCUCGUGCCAGCAGCCCUGGACUGAUCACGCCAAUCCGGAGCUGGGCUAUGCUUUUGCUGCCAUGACCACCCAGACCGAAUCCGAGAAUGCUUGCGCCUGCUAUGUGCUCGAUUUCGCCGGUGCCAAGCCGGGCAAGGUCAAGACGCUCUUCUACCAGGUGAUCAACACUGGUGCCGACGUGGGUGGUGGAGGACUCGACAUCCUCGUACCCGGCAUGGGCAUUGGUCUCAUGACCCAGGGCUGCCCUGCGCAGUUCAAGACCGACAUUUCUGUCUGGGGCAAGCAGUACGGCGGGCUUGACCAUGACGCUGCUGGAUGCCACAAGCUGCCAGCCGACCUGCAGCACGGCUGCCUGUGGCGCAUGAACGAGUGGGGUGACUCGGUCAACAUGGCCGGUCAGCCCCGCAGGGUCAAGUGCUCUCAGGCCCACAUCGACCGCACCGGUUGCCAGAGGACCGACGAGAAGAACGUGCCGUCUUUCGAGCAGGCUUUCGCCAGCAUUCGACACGGUGGAGACGCCAACGCGGCUCCCGACCGCUACAUCCCCAACGCUGCUGUUUGCGGUAUCGGUCACUCGGGCCGUCCCGUGGCUCGACGAAACUACGUCGGCGCUCACAGCAACUCGAUCAGCCGCUCAACCAGCCACGGCUCGAGCAGCCACCAGUCCAGCAGCCACCAGAACGUGGUUCAGAAGCAGACUUCUGCUGGUGAUAACACUGCAACCCCUCUGAUCGCGUCUCCUACGCCUCACCCGCUGUCCAUCCCAUCCGUUGAGCUCAAAGCUCUUCGUUCCAAAAGCGGCGGUACGGCGGCGACACAAAGCUUUCAAGGCGACACAAGCUUUGCCCUAGCCCGCAUCAUCGGCCGCAAACUCUACUCGAGGCUGAGCAGGCCGCUGCUGGGGCUUCCGCAUUUGUGCGCCCAGCGAGCGACUGAGCCUUGCCAUCAAGUCGAGAUCUACACCUCUGUGCGCAUACUCCAGUCCGGCAUCGAGUACAAAAAGGCUACUGGUGGUCGCUAUUUCUGUCCCUCUACCCUAUCAGCCCCUCUCAUCCAUCUCAGACUCCCGACUUCCUCAUCCAUUUUUGAUAUCGUAUCGACUUUUGUCUCCUCUACCAUUGCAUUGCAUUCUCAUCGCUCUGACGUUGCUAGCUGUCCAAUCAUGCCGGCCGCUUCGCAGUACCCUGCAAUUUUGGUGUCGCGAGCGCUGGCCGAGCUGGCCAUUUUCGACCGCGAAGGCUUCUUUGCACUGGUGCUGGACAUUGGCGACGUGGACGCGCUUGUUAUCCGCAUAGACCGCGUCGUGGAAGAGUUCGUCGAAGCCAAUCCCGAAGUGGCGGAGGCGCUGAUCGAGCAAGCUACCGAGAACGUCAAGACGGCAGGCGAGCCGACAGCGACGAUCACCGAGCUGCCCGAUUUGGGCGACCCUCCCUCGCCGGUGGACUCGGACAUCGACGCUAUGAUGGCAGACAUGAUGUCGCAGCUCUUCACGCGAUCCGACCAGUCCCAGCAGGAGUCAACUCAGCAGGACGGGGACAGGGCUUAG